AAGCGCGGCUGCAGCGGGCGGCGACGCCUCGGCCCCAUGGCGACCGGCUCGCAGUGCGCGGACGAGGCGGCCGGGCUGUACAGCGAGGCGCAGCGGCUGGCGCUGGAGGAGCUGGUGGCCGGCGGGCGCGACGCCUUCCGCGCCUUCCUGCGGCGGGAGCGGGUGGCCGAGUUCCUGUCGGAGCCCGAGCUGCAGGCGCUGCUGGAGGCCGCCGUGCCGCCCCGCCAGGAGCCGGAGGAGCCGGGGCCGGGGCCGGGCGAGCGGUCGCUGGACUGCUCCUCGCUCACCUACUUCCCCGAGCGCUCGGACGCGGAGCCGCCGGCGCUGGAGCUGGGCUGGCCGGGCUUCGUCAGCGGCGCCUUCCGCGGGCUGCAGCGCGUCGAGGCGCACUUCCAGCCCGGCUACGGCGCCGAGCUGUACGGCUGCAAGGAGGCGGUGCGCAGGGAGAUCCGCUCCGCCAGGGAGGUUAUUGCCCUGGUGAUGGAUUCCUUCACAGACAUGGAUAUCUUUAAAGACCUUCAAGAAGCCUGUAGCAAGAGGCAUGUUAAAGUGUACAUACUUCUGGAUCAGGCUUCUUUUCCCCACUUUCUGAAAAUGUGCAGCAAUUUGGGAGUUAAUAUUGAAGAGCAAAAGCUGAUGAGGGUCCGAAACAUAAACGGAAACACGUAUUAUACGAGGUCAGGAGCCAAAAUUGUUGGGAAGGUCCAUGAAAAGUUCAUGUUGGUUGAUGGCAUAAGGGUGACAACAGGUUCCUACAGUUUCACAUGGACUGAUGGGAAACUAAACAGCAGCAACAUCAUAAUUCUAUCAGGCCCAGCAGUUGAACACUUUGACCUGGAAUUCCAGAUCCUUUAUGCGGAGUCAAAGCCCAUCAACCCCUGGCUGUGUUCCUGCAGCCAAGAGCGUGAAAUGGCUAAUCAGCUGAUCAGACCAUGGAUAUCAAAGACUUGAUGAAGAAAAGCUACUUGCAAAUGGAUUUUUCAACUUCAAAGCAUUUGUUAGGAGACAUAAGAAGGAAACAGUCAGCUGUAUUCUUCUGGGGAAGCAAGGCAUAUGUUAAAUAUUGACACACGAGCUUCUUCACCAUUGACUCAGAAUGACCGUGCGGUCAUGAAGCUACAUUGGAGCAAGGGGAGAUAAACUGUAGCUGUACUUGGACUGAAACCUGAGAACAACCUCUGGUGACCAUGUCCAACUCUACUUUGAAAAAACAAUGUCAAAAUGGUAGUAGGUGGAAAGAAAACCUCCAAGUGAGGGAGUGCAAUAAACAGUGGUUCCACUGCAUGGCCACCGCAACAUACUGCAGAGUUGUAUAUUUGUAGGCCUGCUUCCUCUGGUUCACAAGAGAUGAUAAUGAAAAUGUCUUUAGUGUAUUGUCUUAAAUAGUAUAUAAUUAGAAGUUAUAAUUCCUAUUCCAUGAUAUCUUUGAGCUUUAACAUAUUUUAAAUUAAAACUAUAUAUAGGUUGGUUGGUUUUUUUUGGUUGUUUUAAAGCAUCUUGAUCAAAAAUCAAAGAAUCUGAAUUUUACUUCGUGGUUCAUGUGACCAGACUCUGGAAUAGACUCCCAGUGGGAGUGGUGCGGGCACCUACCCUAGAGAUCUUCUAAAGGAGACUGGACAUACACCUUGAUGGGGUUAUUUGACCCCAGCACUCUUUUCUGCCCAGAGCAUGGGGCUGGACCUGAUGACUUCACAAGGUCCCUUUGAGCCCUAAAAUUCUGUGAAUCUGUGUGAAUCUGGAAAGGCCCUAAUAACUUUUAAUCUUCAGUCAAUUAUUUUAAAAGAAUUCUUUUUUUCACAUGUUCUCCUUGGGUCAGUAUCUUUUCAGCUCAGUGUCUACUUUUAAAUAAUGAGUUAGGCACACUCCUCUUGAGCUGUGAUCAUGUCUGAGUUCAAUUAUCCAUUUGGUGAAUGCUUUAGAAAGGGACAAUAAACUGUGAAAUGACACUGCUAGCUAAACUGCCACAUAAAGGGCAACUAAAUAAGAUAAACCAAUGUCAGUCUAGUAAGCCUCCAAUUAUAACUUUUCUUUAUGUGAAUGGCUACAGUUAGGCAUAAGUUCAAUGUCAACCAGCUUUAAGCACUAGUAUGAUUCUUCCCAUACAACUUGAACCACACUUCACAAUGAAGCAUGUAAGUGCCUAUUAAUAGUGACCAAAAGCAAGUUGUUUUAAAUGUACAGAUAUUCUUUUUAAUCAGCAGUAUAUCUAAGGUUACAAAGUCUUUAUUAUAAUUUGACUUUUUAAAUAUUCAUUGCUUCAAAUAAUUUGGAAAGGCUUCAGUACAAAAUGUUUAUUUUUGCUGUAUAAUUAUUGUAAACACGCUUUACCUCAUGAAUUUUUUGAGAUUGGGGAUGAAAUAUUUUUAGACAAGAUUCAACACAAAUGGCUGAAGUUUCAAAUAAUGUGCUUACCAUGAGAGGAUGAAGAAAUAAAAAUUUUAAAAUGUAAUUGGGAGUAGUCUCAGGGAGUCAAAUAUCACAUUCUGAUACUAAUGCCAGCAGAUUUAAUGGGAAUCCAGUUUAUAGCAGAGCCAAAUGAGUCCUGCUUCUUAUGUAUGUUCUACAGUUCACACCUGUCCUGGCAGGUCCAGGGCUCCUGCUGCUUUUGGACUGUUCCUGGAACAAAUUCAGAGGGGAUUUGAAAUGCAGGAAAAUCCCCUAUUACCCUUCCCUACUUCCCCAAAAUCUAUUCAACUUCAACAGGCAAUCACAUGGACAAGGAAAUAUCAAUACCAUGACAUUUUAGGAUCCUUCUUCUUCAAACUGUUCUAAUUUAAACUCAAUCUGUCCUCUUGUACUGGAAAAAAGAAACCACCACCAAAACAUACUUGUGCAUUAAUGCAAUUGCUCUUAUCAACCUAGCCUUGCAGAUGGCUCCCUCAAGUGAAGUACUGGGGAGCUGCAGCAGAUGCAGGAACUUGCCUUGUCUUAUUGAGGCUGUGGUUUAGCAAAAAAUGUAGGUAUAUGGCUUAACUGCUUGAUACCAAGCAGUGGUGAUUCCCACCUUACUUCAUGGAGCAGAGAUGUGGACACUGUACAGGAGAAACCUCAAGUCACUGGAAAACUACUAUCAACACUGCCUGCAGAAGAUCUUUCAAAUCCAGUGGGAAGACGGAUGCACCAACACUAGCAUCCUCUUGCAAGCUAACACCAUGAGCAUCAAGGUGAUGAUCAUCAUACAUCAACUUCAUUGGGUUGGCCACAUCAUUCAGAUGUCUGACUCCCAAGUUCUCAGAGCAAGUUUUGUUCUCCCAGCUCAGUCAAGGUGCUUGCUCAACAGGAGGGCAGAGAAAGCACUUCAAGGAUGUCCUUAGGGUCAACUUGAAAAAAUGCAACAUCAGCUUCAGCUUGUGGGAGACUAUCACUCAAGAAUGCCCUAAAUGGAAGAAGAGUCUGAUGCAAGAAUCUCUGUGCUUUGAAACCUUAUGACAAUGGGAGAGGGAAAAGCAGGAGCAGCAGAAACAGUGUUUUUAGACCAAAUCAAAAAUCCAGUCAUCCACCCUUCAGGGAAACAUGUGCUAUAACAAAGGCUACUGAUCCCAAAUUGGCCUUGUCAGCCAUUUUUGGACCCACAGAUAAGGCACCCAUGGAAAACAAUCAACCUUGACCAUGGGGGAAUGCUGCUGAUGGCUUAAAUGUUUUGCUGAAUUUGGGCCUAUAGUGUGACUUUUUUUAAACCUAAUGGGGAACAUAUGUGUUUGAUGUUAAUUGUGGGCAACAAAGUGACCAGCAUGUUAAUGGAAAUGCCUUAAAUCUGAGUUAGGUUCUUGGAUUAACAUUAAGCUGGAUGUGUUGCAUAGCCUGUAUUUAUUAUAAAAUACAUAUUUUAACCAAAUAUGAACUUUGUUUCUAUCCAGAACUUUUUACAGUCUUUUCUGCUAUGCCUGAAGAAGGGUGUUUGUGCCAGAAAGCUUGCAAUUAAAGUUGUUUGUUUUCUUUUGUUUGUGAAAAUCCAGUUGGUCUAAUAAAAGCUAUCACCCCUACCACAAGUCCUGAUUCACUUUAACCAGGAAUAUAUACAUAUAUAGCAUAGUAAUGAUAUACUAGAUUAAAAUGCAACCAUGUGACUGCAUAAUCUGGUUUGUCUUCUGUACCUAAUGUAACUAAAAAAAUUCAUUCUAAUUUGCCUGAGCUAUUAAUAUUUGACAACUUUGUGUCACGUUACUUUUACCCUUGUGUGUAUGAAGGCCUACACUUUAUCCAUUGUUUUUUGUUUGUGCAAUCUCCUGCUGUCUGUUUUGUAAUCCAUGUAGAAUGUUCUCUCUCAGGCAAAUUUACUGUUAAAGAAUUAAAUAUGUUGUAUAGUUCAGUAUUAACAUCUUGAUGAUUGUCUUCCCUUAUGUAUGUGCUUGUAUGUGUAAAAUUUACUCAAGAGGGUGCUGGACUUUUAUUAUAAGCAGUCUUUUUUCCAGAUGAGCUGCUAUUGCUUUUGCUGUGAAAGAUGCAUGAAGCCAUUUUAUGUGUAUUGUAAUCUACCCCUUCUCCAGUGCUGUCGGAUCUUUUUUACUGACCCUCUAAUACAACACUCUUUUUUUUUUUUUCCCUCUUCAGACCUGGAGGACACUGCUGUGAGAUGAAAUGUUUUCAUUUACAUGUUGCCUUUAUCUAUUUUAAUAAUGGAUGAGGAUUUUUCGUAAUUGUAACUUCAAAACAGAUCUAACAGCCACAAUGUAAAGAAUAAGGCUGUCAUAUUUAAGUAAAUCCUUUUCACAAGAAAUUACCUAGAAUCUUGUAAAAGUGAUAAAGAACCACAAGUUUUAUAAAAAUUAAAAAGUUUUUGGAAAGAUGGUA